GAAAACGAAAUUCAAAAUACGAAAAAUACAAUACAUAUAUGUAGUACAUACAUACGCUAAUGAUGUGCUAACGGGGGAAGGGGUGUUUGGAACACUCGCAAAGACAGUGGCAAAAUGCAGAAUUCUCGGCUGGUGGGCAAUCGCUUGCUGAUUAGCGUCAGCACAGAAAUUAAAAUGUGUAAUCUACGCUGACAACUCUUGCUGCUUGUUUAUGCCCCAUUCCCCAAUUCCCAUCGCCCUAUCAGAAAUCGAGAUAAAUGCUAUGUGCAAUUGGGGGGCAAAAGUACGGGUGUGUUUGAUAACGAAUGGAAUGAGGUGCCAUUUCAACUUCACAAACAAGUUUUGCAUAUUUUUUAGAAAGAAAAAACAGUCGACAGCUUUUUAAACGCCAACGGCUGGCCCGCGGUCAGUUGGCAACUCUGUGCAUUUGGCCAGAUGGGCAGCACUGUUGUGGAAAUGUCAAAUUCAAAACUUUUUACGCGGUCUUUUCAAAAAUUAUUCGAAUCAAUGGGAUUUUAAACAAGAACUACGAGAAAAAUGUUAUUUUCUAUUAAUGUAAUCUAUAUUACCAUAAUAAUACUAUAAUAUAAUACUAUACUCUUAUCAUCGGCUGCUUAAAGUAAAUACACAAAUCUUGAAUCUUACAUUUAAAAAUGUAAUAUUGAGCCCGCAUUUUUUUGGCAAAUGCAAAAACUAGGCCAAUGGCACUGCAUAUUUGAUUUUGCCAGUAGCAACUGGAACAUGGUAAAUUAUUCGUGUAUGUGCGUCAGUAAUCGGCAUCCUCUGUUCUUCCCGUGCCUUGUCGGCCGCACAAUCUUCAAUUAACCGAUACGAGAUGUUCGACAAUCGGCAACAAGCAACCGAUUCCGGGUAAUUUUUAGAGACUUUCCCGACGGAGUUGCUUACAAAAAGGUAAGCGAUGACGGAAGCCCAUUGACAGUAACAUUUGGCCCUCAGCCACGGCCACAAAGGCGGCUUCCUUGCAACAUUUUUACCCUUUUACCCUAAGCACAGUGAUAUUGUUUUAAUUUUUUUUUUUUGAUUCAAUUGGAUGCGAGCAUGAAAUUCAAUUUGGUGCAGACACUGGUCUUCACUUUGUGCCUCAUCAGCGUGCAAAUAUAUGGCAUUCAAGAUGCCAGUGGCAAGCGGAUUGUGAGCAAGUACGAACGCAUCAUGCAGAUGUACCCGCAGCUCUCCUCCGGCACUGGUGAGUCCUCGCAGUGGCGGGCGGCCGAGAAGGACAACCAGCGGCAUCCUUGCAGACGCGACUGCGCCGACAAGCAGCCGAUGACCUGCUACUACUACAUGGUGGUCCACUACGACGACACGAUGGCGGAGACCUGCAAGCGCUACCUCCAGUCCAAAUUCCGCUUCAAGCUGAGCGGCAAGGAGUUCAUCGACGGGAUUGCGCUGGCGGCGCAGCUGGCGGCCAACGACGACUGCAAGUACGCCGAUGGACUGGAGAGCGAGGUGAUGGUGGUCAAUGGCCAGCUGCCGGGGAUGAACAUCGAGGUGUGCUACGGCGACACCGUGGUGGCGGACGUGAUCAACAGCAUGCACGAGACGACGACGAUCCACUGGCACGGGAUGCACCAGCGACUGACGCCCUUCAUGGACGGAGUGCCCCACGUCACCCAGUAUCCAAUCGAGGCGGGUCAGGCGUUCCGAUACCGCUUCGAGGUGGAUCACGGCGGCACCAACUGGUGGCACAGCCACACGGAGCACCAGCGGGCCUUCGGACUCGCUGGGCCACUGGUGGUGCGAAUGCCGCCCAAGCUGAAUCCUCACGCGCAUCUCUACGACUUCGACAUGUCGGAGCACGUGAUCAUGAUCCAGGACUGGGUGCACAACUUCGUGGAGAGCGUGGCCGAGAACAUCCUGAUCAACGGACGGGGCAGGAACCUGAAGAAGGGCGUCAAGGCCGCCAAGCCCACGCUCUACGCCCACUUUCCGGUGGUCAGGGGCGGACGCUAUCGCUUCCGGGUGAUCUUCAACGGCGUUUCGAACUGCCCAAUCAGCUUCAGCAUCGAUAAGCACGACCUGGUGGUGAUCGCCAGCGAUGGCAACGACAUCGAGCCGGUGGAGGUGCAGCGGAUCAUGUUCCAUGGCGCGGAGCGCUUCGACUUCGUGCUGCACGCCAACCAGGAGGUGGGCAACUACUGGAUUCGGGUGAAGGGCUACAGCUUCUGCGCGAAGAACCAGCUGCAUCAGGAGGCGGUGCUGCACUACAGGGACGCGGAUACCCGGGCGUUGGACACGCACACCCUGAGCUAUGCCUACGAUGCGCCGGGCAAGACGCUCAACGAACUGGGCGACGAUGCGAGCGGUGCGCGCGCUGGGAAUAGCAUAUCGUUGGCCAAUCUCAAUGCCCAGCGACCGGAACCGGAAGUGGCGCCAUCCGUGACCUUCUACACCAGCAUGAACGCGUUCGAGGUGCGGCAGGGCGAGGGCUUCCGCUUCCAGAUGGACGACAUCAGCUUCAGCAUGCCCAAGAUGUCGCUGCUGCAGACGCGCAACCUGGGCGUUGGCCAGUUCUUCUGCAAUCGCUCCCAGCAGGCGGAUCUCGGAUUCAAUUGCCGCCAGCGGCACUGUCAGUGUUCCAACGUCAUCCAGGUGCCGGCCAACAAGCAGGUGGAGUUCGUCAUCUCCAGCCUGUCGCAGACGCCGCAUCCCAUCCACCUGCACGGCUACACAUUCCGUGUGGUCGGGAUGGGAGUGCUGGGGGAGCAGAAGAUUGGCCAGAUCGAGCAGAUCGACAAGAAGACGCCGCUGCCGCGACGCGCUAAGGGUGCUCCGCUAAAGGACUCCGUCCAGGUGCCUGCGUUCGGCUACACGAUUCUGCGGUUCUACUCGAACAGUCCCGGCUACUGGAUGUUCCACUGCCACAUAUCGCCGCACUCGGAGAACGGAAUGGCCGCCGUGGUGCGGGUAGGCGAGGAUGUCGAGAUGAAGAUGUGCCCGGUGAGCAACUGCGGUCUGUGCAGCUCGGUGGCCUAGUGGGGUUCCUGGGCCCGGAAGUUACCUCUCCAAUUCCAGUAUAAGCAAUAAAAACGUUAACUUUUAGCUGGCAUUAUUUCGAAUGCAUUGAUUUUGAGCGGUCGAAUUUGUUUCACAGGAAACAUCAUUAAAAGUAAUAAUCACCGAGGAAAGUUGGGCUGCAUUAAAUCAUGGGUUCAGAUUCUUUUGAAAUCAUUAAAAGCGCUUUUCGAAUCUAUCGAUACUUAUCGCUUUGAAAACUGACAGCUCCAACUAUCGUGCACG